AUAUAUUAACACUUCACAACACAACAACAAUAUGCAAAAAAUAAAUAGUAUAAUGGAAGGAGCUUGCGGGAACAAAAUGGGUAUGGUGUUCUUGCUUUGGCUCUUUGCCGCGGCGUUGGUUGUGAAGGCGGAGGAUCCGUACGUGUUCUUCGACUGGAAGGUGACGUACGGUAAACUGUCCCCGUUGGGUGUGGCUAAAGAUGCGAUUCUCAUCAACGGUAAAUUGCCGGGCCCCACCAUCAACAGCACAUCCAACAACAACAUUGUUAUUAAUGUGUUUAAUGAAUUGGAUGAGCCGUUGCUGUUCCAUUGGAAUGGUAUUCAGCAAAGGAAGAACUCGUGGCAAGAUGGAAUGCCGGGAACCAUGUGUCCCAUCAUGCCAGGUACAAAUUAUACCUAUCAUUAUCAGGUGAAGGAUCAGAUCGGCACCCACUUCUACUUCCCCAGCACCGACCUCCACCGCUCUGCCGGCGGAUACGGCGCCCUCACUGUCCACAGCCGUGAACUCAUCCCCGUCCCCUUCGAUUGGCCCGCCGACGAGUUCUAUAUCUUCCUCAGCGACUGGUACAACAAGGGCCACAAGGAACUCAAGAAAACCCUUGACGACGGCCAAACCAUUGCCAGGCCGAACGGGCUGGUCAUCAACGCCAAGCACGGCGAGGUUGGAGACAAGAUGGAGCCACUUGCGACCUUUGAGGCGGGGAAGACCUACAGGUUCAGGGUUUGCAAUGUGGGGAUGAGGACCUCCAUCAAUUUCAGGUUCCAAGGUCACAAUAUGGUUCUAGUGGAAAUGGAGGGCUCUCAUACCGUGCAGAAUGAUUACGAUUCCCUUGAUCUCCAUACCGGACAGUGCCUCUCGGUUUUGGUCACAGCCGAUCAAGAACCAAAGGAUUACUACUUGGUGGCCACUAGCAGGUUCUUCAAGCAACAGCUCUCCACCGUGGCUCUCAUAAGCUAUGCUAACGGCAAAGGCGCCGCUGCAGCUGAAUUGCCCCCACCUCCACCUGAUAACACCGAAGGUAUUGCCUGGUCUAUUAAUCAGUUCCGAUCUUUCAGGUGGAACUUGACUGCCAGCGCUGCCCGCCCCAACCCUCAGGGCUCCUACCACUACGGCCAAAUCGAAAUCACCCGCACAUUGAAGCUGGUUAACACCAAGGGCGAGGAGGGAGGCAAGCUCCGAUACGCAAUCAACGGUGUGUCUCACAAGGACCCCGACACCCCACUCAAGCUCAUCGAAUACUUCGAAAUGGCCGACAAGGUGUUCAAGUACGACCUUAUGCCGGACGAACCAGCAGGCGAUGCCAGCAAGAUUACCGUUGCCCCCAACGUGAAGAACGCCACCUUCCGCAACUUCGUCGAGAUCAUCUUCGAGAACCACGAGAAGGUAAUCCAGUCAUACCACAUCAACGGCUACUCGUUCUUCGCGGUGGCCAUCGAGCCAGGGAAAUGGAGUCCCGAGAAGAGAAAGAACUACAACUUGGUGGACGCAACAAGCAGACACAACAUUCAGGUGUACCCCAACUCCUGGGCCGCAGUGAUGACCACCCUUGACAAUGCCGGAUUGUGGAAUGUGAGGUCAGAAAUGUGGGAGAGAUUCUACUUGGGACAACAAUUCUACUUCAGCGUCCUCUCCCCGGCUCGAUCAUUGAGAGACGAAUACAACAUUCCCGACAAUCAGCUCCUGUGCGGUGCAGUCAAGGGCAAGCCCAUGCCAAAGCCAUACACCAUCUAAAACUCAACUCUACAAACAUAAUACAUACUUCUCAAUUUCAAUUCAUUACUAAGUUUAAACAAAUAAUGAUACAUAUGUACUGUAAUUGUAUCUUACAGUAGCCAGCUAUUGCUCCUUGUUUUAACCCUUUUUCCUUCAAUUCUUUACAUGUGAAUAAAAAAAUUUAUAUUAUUCAUUUUA